GCCAGCUGCGGGUCGGCGCAUGCGCACUCACUCAUGGAGCCCAACCUGGACUUCUGGAGCAGGGAAGGCCAAACAUUUUCCCAAAGGUUCCGCCACUGGACGGAAAUACUGGAACCGACGAAUUUACUCUUCUCAAAGGAAGACGUUCAAAACUCCAGAUCGUUGUUGACCACGAAGGGACAGGCUGAACCCGGCGAUGGCGACCAACAGCUCCGGGCAGCUUGGAAACAGAGUCUGUCGGCCGUGCACCCCGAUUCGGGACGUCUGAUUCCGGUGUUGUUUAGACCUGCUGCUUUCCUUCCUACAACCGUGCCGUUGCUGUACCUCUCACUGCUCCCCCAGAAAGGAAUAAAGACGGCUCUUUUCCCCCAGUUCCUGUUUCACCUGUACACGACACAGUUCAGCAUUAUAAAUGGAAAUGCCACCAAUGAGAGGUAUGCGCUUAUGCAACAACUUCUCGGAGCCAGUACGGUUGUUUCAUCAACUUUUUUUGGAAUUUGCCCUCGACUCAUGAUGACUCGCUAUGCGCUGAAUGGACCUACUCUGCAAAUGGUCAUUACAAAGGUCCUGCCCAUUCCCCUCCUGGCUUUCUUCAGUGUGUUCAACGUGGUGGUCUGCAGAAGCCCGGAGUACCAAUACGGCAUCGAAGUAACGGACAGCGACGGCCGCGUCAUUGGCGUGUCCCGGCAAGCUGGAGCUAAGGCAGUAAAAGAAACAGCCCUAUCCAGAGGGUUGCUGUUCGGGGUGUCGGCUCUCGUCCCAAGCGCCCUGACCUCUCUAUUGAAAAGGACCAGUUUUAUGCUCCAAAAUCCACGGUUUCUGGUGAUCCUGAAGCUAAAUUUGACUGUCGUCGUAAUGGGACUGAUGGUGCCCACUUCAUUUAGUCUGUUUCCCCAAACAGGGCGGAUACACCGUGUUGACCUUGAAGAAGAAAUUCAGGCCUCCACCGAAGAACCAGAACUUUUUUAUAAUAGAGGACUUUAGAGAACAGCUUCAACCUACGGGUGGCUUCUGAUCUUAAUACAAAUCGGCGCAGUUUUCCGAUUAAGGUCUGAGGCCGACGCGCCUGUGGGAAUCAUUAGGGAUUUUUCCAAUUAGGAUAGCAGUGAUACAAUGAUGAAAGUAAGCUUCAAGGUUAUCUGCUUGCAUGGCAGUUCCUUUAGGCUACUAUGUUCUUGGCAAACUCAUUUUCGACUGUACUUCCCAAGCGCUUAGUACAGUGCUCUGCACACAGUAAGCGCUCAAUAAAUACGACUGAAUGAAUGAAUGAUCGUUGGUCCAGCUUGGCACUCCCACCAUCAGUUGAAGCUCUUACUGAGCUCGAACCUACUUUGGAAAGACUACUGUAUUUAAGUCACUAAGAAUAAAUUAUGUUUUCAAAUUUUUCUGGCUUCUAAUUUGGAAGAUGGGGAACGAUGAAGCCCUUACUGAGCUCGAACCUACUUCGGAAAGACUACUGUAUUUAAGUCACUAAGAAUAAAUUAUGUUUUCAAAUUUUUCUGGCUUCUAAUUUGGAAGAUGGGGGACGAUGAAGCUCUUACUGAGCCCGAACCUACUUUGGAAAGACUACUGUAUUUAAGUCACUAAGAAUAAAUUAUGUUUUCAGAUUUUUCUGGCUUCUAAUUUGGAAGAUGGGGAACGAUGAAGCUCUUACUGAGCUCGAACCUACUUUGGAAAGACUACUGUAUUUAAGUCACUAAGAAUAAAUUAUGUUUUCAGAUUUUUCUGGCUUCUAAUGUGGAAGAUGGGGAACGAUGGACUACGUAUGUGACUACGCGCUUGUAAGAUGACAAUCCAGAAUAAUUGUGCUGUGCGUGGGUGAAACACACAGCCUUGGCGAGAAGCGCGAUGGGAAAAGACGUUUGGAAGAUGGAGAGGGGCGGUAGUAUCGGAAACAUGACGUCGCGGAUAGACGGAGCGCGAGUCUGGGAGUCAA